AUGAACGGGUUCGCAGGUCCAUCCGGCACAGUACUCAGCAUACCACGCCAGGUCGGCUCGCUCGUGUCGAGCCACAAGUCCACCGAUACCAGAGUCUUUCUCUCCGCAGCCUGGUUCAACGAGGCACAACAUUCGCGCCAACGUCUCAGAAUGGCAUGGGCCUCGCUGCUCAUUUUCAUCUUGGACUCGCGCCUGAUGGGCAACCUAAUCGAGAGGCUCAAGGUUCUUAUGGAGGAUAACAAUGGCGGCGUGCCAACAGCUGUCAGGCUGUACCAACAGAAUGGCCAGAAACGGAUUGCUCCAGCAUUUGCCAUCUCCAAGGGCUACGCUUGA